CGGCCAAGCAGAAGCAGACGGCAGCGGCGGCGGCGGCAGCGUCGCUGACGUCUUGUCCACCACCCCCCCCAUCCCUUCCUCACUCCCACCUCGCUUCUCACCACAUCGUCCAUCUCUCCAGAGCCAUGUCCGGCCCACGCACGCCCGCGCAACCCCUCGUGCCGCCCAGCGUGGGCGCGCAUCUCAUCGUCGAUCUCAGCCGGCCACACGUGCUGCAUCUCAUCCUCAACCGGCCCAAGCAGCUCAACGCCAUGACGGAUGCGCUCGAGGCGGACCUCUGUGCCGUGCUGGAGUGGUACGAGGGGCAUGCCGAGCUCUGGCUGCUCCUCCUCUCCGGCGCCGGCCGCGCCUUCUGUGCGGGGCAGGAUCUCAAGGCGUGGGCGGCGCAGCCGGCGCGGCCCACGCAGACGUCGCCGCAGGGACAUGCGCUGCAGCACCUCGACGAUACGCUCGACGUGGCGCGCAGGGUGCGCAGAGGCGGCUUUGGCGCACUGAGCACGCGCAGAAGUAGCAAGCCCGUCAUCGCCGCCGUCGAUGCACUGGCCAUGGGCGGCGGCGUCGAGAUUCUGCUCAACUGCGACCUGGUCAUCGCCUCUUCGCGCUCCAUCUUUGCGCUGCCCGAGGUCAAGCGCGGCGUCAUUGCAGCUCAAGGCGGCAUUCCUCGCCUCGCCAGCAUUGCCGGACAUCAUCGUACUGCCGAGAUGUUGCUGCUGGGCAACAACAUCAGCGCCUCGGAGGCACACGACACCUUCGGCUUCGUCAACCGCAUCGUCUCCGUCGAUGCCUCGGCCUCUGCCGAGGAAGGCAACGCCGCCGUCCUCGACGUCGCCUUCGCGCUCGCCGCGCAGAUCAACGCCAACUCGCCCGACGCCGUCGCGUGCACGAAAGAGGCCCUGCUUGCCGCGCGCGAUGUGGGACUGGGAGCCGACGGCGUGAAUCACUCCGUCAUUGAGCAGUACUGCAACGAGAGGAACAGGGCGCUGUAUGUGGGCGAGAACAUCAAGGAGGGCCUCAAGGCGUUUGCCGAGAAACGCCCGACGCAGUGGAAGAAUCCACCCGUGUUCCGCAGGGAGAGCAAGCUAUAGCCUUGCUGUGCGGCUCGCGGCGGGGGGACGAGAGGAGCAGAGGGGCAAAUCGCACGCGCGCGGCAAUGAUCAUUCUGUUCGAAGCACCGAAGGACGGGUGGUCGGGCAUGGAGGCAGUUGAUCGCCGCUUGCUGCGAUGUGCUGAGAGCGGGGGCAAAGACGAUC